CUGGAACUUCUGCAUUGAGCAUAGACAUUAAAACCAGAUUGAGCCUCCCCCUCCCCUCUCGGGGCACUGCAGACCAGACUCAGGUUUAAACAGAGAGGAUUAGCUCCCAGUAUGAGGUCGAUGAUUGCAGACAGGGAGGGAGUCAUGCUAAUGAUUGAUGAUGAGUUUCUCAUAUACGUUUUCCUUGUUGGAGCCCGCCAAGUUAAAAAUAAGUGAGUAAACACACUCUGAAGAAGUAAUUUGCAUAUUUUGAUGGAUCAAGUUGAGGACUGAAGUUUUGGAUGCUCUGACAUUACUGGAUCCUUUAUUAUAGUCUUCAUGAUGAGAUCAGUCUGCUCUCCUAGACAUUGACUUGAGCUUCCCCAGGCCCGAUGUGCCCAUGAAGCCCUUGUUUCAUUGCAGGCUUCAGAAGCUGAGGCUAUAAAGGGACAAGAGGACUAAUCUGCAGCCUUAGUCUUGGUCCUGGACUUCUCUUUAGUCCUUUAUCAGUCCUCCCUGUUCCCUGCCAUAUCCCCUCACCGUUCCACUGCACCACAGCCCCGGCCUCACCUGUGGCCAACAUGGGCUGGUUCCUCCUCCCAUUUGAUAACCCGCUGUGUAUAGUCCUUGGCAUAUCCUUCACUGUGGGAUUCAGCUCGCUGCUAGUCAUAGUCGUGCCGGCCGUCCUUGGAGUGUCCAUUGGGAUCCGCAGACUGUACAUGAAGAGUCUUCUCAAGGUCUUUGAGUGGGCUACUGUGCGGAUGGAGAGAGGCGCAAAGGAGAAGAAUCAACAUCUUUAUAAACCCUAUAGUAAUGGUAUCAUAGCUAAAGAACUGUCAUCUCUGGAGCAGGAGAUCCAGGAGCUCCGUGCCAGCGGCACCACUCUGAGCUCUGAGCCUGAGUUUGAGAUGGCGGACAUCAUGUAUUUCUGCCGGCGGGGAGUGGAGAGCAUCGUGGAUGACGAGGUGACCAAGCGCUUUUCUGCUCAGGAGCUGGAGUCCUGGAACCUGCUGACCCGCAGCAACUUCAACGCCCGCCACAUCAGCCUGCGACUCAGCGUGCUCUGGGGACUGGGUCUCUUCAUCCGCUAUGGCUUCCUGCUGCCACUCAGGGUUACUCUGGCAGCCUCUGGUAUUGGUCUGCUUGUGGUCUUGACUACCAUAGUGGGCUUCAUACCAAGCGGCUGGUUAAGGACGUACCUCAGUGAGAAGAUUCAUCUGAUGUCUUAUCGCAUCUGUGUCCGAUCCCUCACUGCCAUCAUCACCUAUCACAACAGUGAGAACAAACCAAAGAAUGGAGGCAUCUGUGUGGCGAAUCACACAACUCCCAUUGACGUCAUCAUCCUGGCCAAUGAUGGCUGCUAUUCUAUGGUUGGCCAGAUCCAUGGUGGUUUGAUCGGGGUAGUCCAGAGAGCCAUGGUGAAAUCCAGCCCCCACAUCUGGUUUGAGAGAUCUGAAGUCAAAGACCGUCACCUUGUGGCCGAAAGGCUUAGCAAUCAUGUAGCAGACAAAACUAAACACCCCAUCCUCAUCUUCCCAGAGGGCACAUGCAUCAACAAUACCUCAGUGAUGAUGUUCAAAAAGGGCAGCUUUGAGAUAGGCUGUACUGUCUACCCUGUGGCCAUUAAGUAUGACCCUAGGUUUGGCGACGCGUUCUGGAACAGCAGUAAGUUUGGGAUGGUCAACUACCUGCUGAGGAUGAUGAGCAGUUGGGCCAUCGUCUGCAGUGUCUGGUACCUUCCACCUAUGAGCAGAGAGGAGGGAGAGGAUGCGGUGCAGUUUGCCAACAGAGUAAAAGCAGCCAUCGCCACGCAGGGAGGACUGGUGGACCUGCUGUGGGAUGGAGGGCUGAAACGAGGGAAGGUGAAAAAUACGUUCAAAGAGGAGCAGCAGAAGCUGUACAGCAAGGUGCUGGUUGGAGACCAGGAGGACCAAGGUGAAGACAGACCACAGGAAGAUGAAGAAGAUGAAUUAGAAGAGGGGGACCAAAAUGAAGACAGACCACUUGAAGAUUACACACCCAGACCACUGGAAGACUGCUCUCUGAGACUACAAGAAGAAGAGGAGAGAGGCUCAGAGACACCAAUGAAGGACCAAUGAGGGUGGGGGUUCCAUUCCUACCAGGUUAUUAAGUGUCAGCGGAGCCCCACUCACUGUCUUGGUGAGGCACUAGACCAGAGGAUUUAUUGGAUUGGAAGCCUUAAAGUAAUUUCAAUAACAAUGAACUACUCAGAGACCAUUUCAAUAGCAAUUAACUACUCAGAGACCAUGUAGUGCAACUGAAACAGUAUCAUUUUCUACAGGCUGUAAGCCACAUACUUUUGAGUUUGUGCUGCACUAUGCACAGUCAUUUUAUGAAUGUUAACUGUUUUAAUACUGUAUUUAAAUAUUUAUCUUUAAUAUUUUCUUUGUAUUUAUACUAUUUUGACCAGUAUAUUUGGGUAAUUUUGGGUAGUGCAAUUAGGUCCCCCAAAACUUGAUUAAAACAAUGUAUCAUAAAGAGGACAUGUUAAACUUAAUAAAAUUAAUUUCAGCCUG